AUAAAAACUUAUUACAUUAUAAUAACGACCUUGAAAUAGAUAUCACUUUUAUCAUCUCGACCCGUAUGAAGCUAUAAUCAUAAUCGAGUUUUUUAAUUAUCCCUUUGUCUUUAAUGCUAGGGUUAAAUUGAUUGGCGUACAAAAAUACAUCCACCAAUAUAAAAAAAACAUAUGUGACAUAUAUAUAUAUAUAUAUGAAUGGCAAGUGGGUAGUGGGUGAUUGCAUUUAAGUGCAUCAACUUUUUUUUCCCCUUCCUUCUUAUUUGCUCCAUAUCUAUUAGAUAAUCUCCCAAAGAAAGAUCACAUCAGAAAAACCAGGGAUCAUCCCAUAACCACCCAACGAUUUCUUUCCUCCAAACUUUCUCGGGAAAAUAGGGAGAAAAUAAACGACAAACCCAUCAAACUAAUAGAAUCAGAGGAUCGAUCUAUCGAUGAGGCCAAAGAUCUUUCUGUUUGGUGAUUCGAUCACUGAGGAAUCCUUCGGCGAUGGCGGCUGGGGUGCUUCUCUUGCUAACCUCCUCCGUCGCAAGGCGGAUGUGGUGCUGAGAGGAUAUAGUGGGUACAACACGAGGUGGGCGUUGAAGGUGGCGGAGAAGGUUUUUCCGACGGCGGAGUGCGGCGGAGAAUCUCCGCCGGUGGCGGUGACGGUGUUCUUCGGGGCAAACGACGCGUGUCUGCCGGAGAGAUGCUCGGCUUUUCAGCACGUGCCGCUUCUUGAAUACAAGCAGAAUCUUCGCUCUCUCGUCUCCUUUCUCAAGAAUCGUUGGCCAGAGACGUGCAUUAUUCUCAUCACUCCCCCUCCAAUUGACGAAGAGGCACGGCUAAGAUACCCUUAUAUCGAGAACACGACUGGAUUGCCCGAAAGAACGAACGACGCAUCCGGAUCGUACGCAAAAGCGUGUGUAGACGUGGCCGAGGAAUGCGGAAUCGCGGCCAUCGAUAUAUGGACCAAAAUGCAACAAAUCGAAAGCUGGAGGGCAGAAUGUCUAUGGGACGGGCUGCAUCUGAGCCGGGUCGGGAAUAAAGUUGUGUUAGAAGAAGUUGUAAAAAAGCUCAAGGAGCAAGGCAUUGAUGUUGAGAAGAAUUUGGCUGUUGAUCUUCCCCUCAUCGAGAAUAUUGAUCAAAAUGACCCUCUCAAGGCCUUUGAUGGUAUUUGAUCAUCAAAAUGAUAUUUGUUUUGGACCCUUUUAGCUAUUAAUUUUACCAGAACAUGUAAUGGCAUGGACCGACCUCGAACGACAUUUAUCAAGCUGUAUCGAUCAUAAGGCGAGUUUUGAUUAAAAAAAAAUCCUUUGAAAUA